AUGAACUUCUACGUUUCACCUUUCCGGUAAACUAUGCAAUAACAAAACCCCCAAAUAUCACUCUCAAACAAAACCUAAAAUUUUCAAUCGGAAAAGAAAUCGGAGAUGACGACGGUGACGGCGACUGCUAACGGCACCACCACCGUUAACCCUAAAAAGACCAAUCUUUUAGAUCAUCACUCUAUGAAGCACUUACUCGACGAAACUGUCACUGAGAUCGUGACUAGCCGCGGUUACAGUGAAGAUGUGAGGCUGAGUAACGUUAGAUUGUUGAUAGGAGCGAUUAUUAUUAUUAUUGCUCUUUUAGCUCAGUUUUACAAUAAGAAGUUUCCGGAUAACAAGAAUUUCCUCAUCGGAUGCAUCGUAUCGUAUGUGUUAUUCAAUGGAAUAUUGCAGCUGAUCAUCUACACUAAGGAAAAGAAUGCAUUUUUGUUUACAUAUCCUCCUGCUGGUUCUGCUUAUAACAGCACUGGCUUGAUGGUGUCUUCUAAGUUGCCCAGAUUCUCUGACAUGUAUACUCUCACGAUAGCCAGCGCUGAUCCUAAAUCUAUUUCGGCAAAACCAACUAUCGAGUUCACCAAAAGCGUCACUAAGUGGUUCACAAAAGAUGGAGUGCUGGUUGAAGGCUUGUUUUGGAAAGACGUUGAGGGCUUAAUAAACGACUAUGCUAACAAAAAGAGCAAGUGAAAAUUCAACUUGAAAAGAAUGGUUGUGGUUUAUGAAAUAGAUUUAACAUUAUUUGUUAAAAUUAAUGUAAACCCGACAGUUAAAUAUAACAAAUUCUAAUGAUUAUAGUCAAUCACAACAUGCAAGUUUGAUGGACUACUGGUUUUCAAAUGCAAUCUAGGCUAAGCCU